AUGACGUACAACACAGCAGUACAUUUCAGAUGUAGAGCCACAGUAAACUUUGGAGAUAAGGUGGUGGUAGUAGGAUCGACGGAGAACCUGGGCAAGUGGGAGUUCAAGGCCUGCCACGAGCUUGUGGCAAGUAACACAGCAGAGGACGUGUGGAACUCGAGCUACCCAGCAUACCUGCCGCUGAAGGAGUACGUCGAGUACCGCUACGCAGUGCUGAACGAAAAGAACGAGUUCGUGCGCUGGAACGACGAGCUGGUGCGCCACAUAGAGCCGACGGGCAACGAGAUGCUGGUGGAGGACGACGAAGGAUACUUCAGGUCGGAGUGCUCAAGUCACUCGCACACGAGUCCGAAGUUCAACAAGGCCUCGCACGAGGACAGGCUCCCGAACUUCAAGAACGAACAGAGCGAGCCGAGCCCGGAGAGCCUGGUCUACUUCGUAACCUCAAGGCUGCCAGUGCAGGUGUACAGAAAGCUGGACGGCACCUUCGGAAUCAGAGACAGCAACACGCCGCUGACGGCGAUGCUCUGGGAGCUGAGAAACCGCUUCCGAAACAAAAUGAAGUUCGUGGGAGCAUGCUGCAUCAGAAUAGAGACAGAGCAGGAGCUUAACGAGCAGGGCCUGUGCACAAGCACGAACGCCAUGGGAGGGGUAGGGCAGGGGACGAAGGACCAGUUCACGGAGGAGGAGCAGCACGAGAUAAGAAAGCUGCUCUCCUCAUACGGAUGCAUCCCAGUCUUCAUACCGUUCUCGGAAAUGAGCAGCUCAGUCAAGUUCUGCAAAAAGUACAUGUGGAACCUAUUCUAUAACAUAGGGCUCUGGGACAUCUACGAGCAGGACGAGUUCGACUGGGACCUGUGGCAGUCAUACUGCAAGGUGAACAAGUACUACGCGACGGCGGUCUCGCAGUACCUGGGACGCAACGACUUCACCUGGGUGCACGACUACAAGCUGCUGAUGGUCCCGCACUUCCUCUCGCGCAAGUGCAAGACUGCGAACAUCGGGCUCUUCAUGCACGCGCUCUUCCCCUCAUACACGCUCUUCGCGUGCCUCGCGGUCCGCGAGGAGGUGCUGCGAAGCAUGCUCUGCGCGGACCUGAUCGGCUUCCACUUCUUCGAGUUCGCAAAGCACUUCCUGACGAGCUGCAAGCGCAUCCUCGGCCUCGACUACAACUUCUCGACGGGCGGCAUGAUAUUCAUCGAGUACAACGGCCGCCAGGUCAUGAUCAGGAUGAACCAGGUCCACAUCCAGAGCGACCUGCUGGAGAGCAAGGUCGCAAACGCGAGCAGGGUUCAGCUGCUCGCGCACCAGCUGAGGCGCGACUGGCCCGACAGGUUCAUCGUGGCCUCAGUCGACAGGGACGUGCGCCUGUCGGGGCUCCUGCUGAAGUUCAAGGCCUUCAGAAGGUUCCUGCAUAACUACCCGUACGCCCGCGGGAAAAUACUGCUCGUGCAGUACAUCUGCAUGAUCGACACGCUCUGGCAGGGCAACUCGGACGUGAGUCGGAAGCUUAUGGACCUGGCGUCGAUGAUAAACAAGGAAUUCGAGACAACGCACAUAGUGCUGAAGAUUAACGCGAGCUACGAAGAAAAGUAUUCACUCUUCAUGGCCUCGGACUGCUUCAUGGACACGUCUAUCAGAGGAGGAAUUAACCUGUGCGCAUUCGAGUACGUAUACUGCCGCAAGGGGAAGCCGGCGCUCUCGAUCAUCAGCGAGUUCACAGGAUUCAGCAAGACGCUGGUCAGCGCAAUCAGAGUUAACCCGUGGCACACGGACAGCGUCAUGGAGGCGCUCGACUCAGCAAUGUCGCUGAACACUGACUACGCGGCGGAGCUGUGCAGAAAGGACGUGGCCUACAUCGAGGCGAAUCAGGCGAUCGCAUGGGUCGACCAGUUUAUAAGGGAGCUCUACUACUCGAGGAAGAGCCAGGACAUGCUGCACACGUCAUGGGGGUUCGGAAAGACGUACAAGACGCUGAGCUUCGCAACCAACUUCCAGCUGCUCGACUUCGACCUGGUGCUGAGCAAGUUCGAAAACUCAAAGCGGAAGCUGCUCUUUCUGGACUGCGAGGGCACGCUCUGCUUCAACCCGUACGACGUCGAGUCGCGGUUUUACCAGUCCCACAGGGAGACGCGUUCGGUUCCACUGCAAGUCAACAUCGACAGCCUCAAAAAACUAUCCAGAGACAAGAAUACAGUCAUUGUGCUCAUCAGCUCACGCACAGUCUCAGUCAUGGACGAAUGGUUCCACUCCUUGCCGAACGUCGGACUUUGCGCAGAGAGGGGAUACCACUUUAAACUCCCCAGCGUGUUCGGACACGAGUGGCAGACAAUUAACCAGACAAACUACUCACACCUCUCGAAAAGAGGGCAAGACAUGAACGCAGACGAAGGAAACCCGAGCGAUAACUGGAGAGUAGUGGCAGUGAAACUGUUCGAACAGUACGUGCAGAGGACGCCAGGCAGUUGCAUGGAGUCGAAGGACUCGUGCGUGGUCUUCAUGUUCCAGAACUCAGACCAGGAGUUUGGAAUGCUGCAGGCUAACGAGUUAAACAGCACGCUGAGCCUUCUCAUGGAUGGGUUCCCAGUGGACAUUCACAGAGGUAAGGGGUACCUGGAGGUGAGACUGAAGGGAGUUAACAAGGGAAACUCGCUGCUGCACGUGGUCAAUAAGUACUCCUCGAUCUACGGAGACUUCGACUUCAUACUGUGUCUGGGAGACGACAGGAGCGACGAGGAGUCAUUCAGAGCACUGGAGGCACUUAAGAGGUCACACCCGCCCACACAGCUGCAGUCGCCGCAGUCGACGCAGCCAGGAUCCACAAAACUGGGACCAGCAAAGCCGGACAAAGCAUCACAGCUCAGCCCGGCUCAAUUCCACCCGCCGGAAGGGACUCGGCAGAAGUCAGGGGAAAAGCCGCAGCGCAUGGACUCGAGUAGACAGUCAGGAGGGCACCCGGCGACCUCGACGCUGUCGACAGACUCGGAGCAGGGGAGCUCGGAGAAGAACGCAGUCAAGGACAGCUACAUAUCGUGCAUAGUGGGAAAGAGGCCAAGCAAGGCCAACUAUUACCUGAACGAUUACCUGGAGGUGGCAAACCUGCUCUCGGCGCUGGCGAACCACAUGGACUAG